AUGCCCAAGAGCAAAGGAAAGAAAUUCUAUGCGGUUGCCAAGGGCCGCAAAGUUGGAAUCUUUCCAACAUGGGAUGAAUGCAAAGCACAAGUGGAUGGGUUUGGAGGAAGCCGAUACAAGGGGUUCAAGACGGAGUCAGAAGCCAAGGAAUUUAUACAACAGUUUCAGGGCUCUGCUGUCUCCUUGUCAUCAUCUUUAUCAUCGAAUGUGGUGAUACCCGAGGCCGAUCGUAAGCGCAAAGGAACAGAGGAUUCUGGCAAUGAUAAACGGAAAAAGGUCCGAGACAAUGAAGCAUCGUGCAACACAAGCACUUCAGAUGCCGUCGCCAAUGGCCCGAUCCAUGCAAGAGGUGCCGCAGCCAAUGGAUUGACCUUUCACAUUCAUUUUGAUGGUGGAUCCCGUGGGAAUCCUGGUGUUGCGGGUGCGGGAACUCAGAUCGUCCUUUCCCGAUCGACCACCACCACAACAACAAAGUCGUCCAGCACUUCCAAUAAUCGCUCUUCCAGUAGGACCACAAGUGCUGCGACCAAGCGGAUACAGCAGUCGCAAUCCAAAACUAGUGUCAAGCGGUUAUGUAAGACUCUGAUUCGUCAAUACCUUGGGGAUUCCCUUACGAACAAUCAAGCCGAAUAUCAGGGCUUGGUAGGUGGGCUUGAGAAUGUCUUGGAAGUCUUGCAGACACAAAAGUACCAAUUGAGCAGCACUGACGAGUCUGUAGCCUUGAUAGUUCAAGGCGAUUCCAAAUUAAUUAUUGAACAAGUCAGAGGUGCCUUUGACUGCAAGAGUCCCAAGCUCCAACCUUACUAUCGCUCCGCCAAGAGACUGCUUCAGCAGAUUCAAAAGGAGUGUCAACAACAGACAGGGCAACCCUGUCAGUUGACCUUGGAGCACGUAUACCGCGAAAACAACAAAGUGGCAGACAGUCUCGCCAAUAACGCCAUGGAUGCAAAACGAAGCUGGACAACAAAGUAUGAGGAGGAGGACGAAGAGAAAGCCAACACGGACAAUGAAGAAGAUGCUCAAGACGAGGAGCCUUCUGGUCCCGCUGGUUCGAAAUGGGUCUAA